AUGGAAACCAUAGCUCGAUUUCGAUUAGCUCCACAAUUUCCAUUUCCAUGUGGGCUGCAUGACUGCCUUGCCGCUUAUUUGUAUCUAAUAACCAUCCAAAAACCAGAGGAGAUUAUAAUAGCUGGCGACUCCUCAGGAGGUGGGAUGGUGAUGUCGAUGUUAGUCACACUCCGUGAUCAAAAAUUUCCAUUACCUGCUGGAGCUGUUCUGAUAUCUCCUUGGGUUGACUUAACCCACUCUUUCCCAAGCGUUGCUGGUACCGGAGUGCAUGAUUAUAUUCCCAUUUGCGGGUUUAGGCACCGACCGUCGACUGCAUGGCCUCCCCCAAGCGCAGAUGAAUAUGGAAUAGAGUCAACGACAGGCGAGAAGAUUCUUAAUAAGAUCAAUUCACCACCGAUGAUGGACAAGCCAUCAAUUACCGACGCCAAUGCUAUUGAGGAAUUUUAUACCAGUCAAGCCUGUGCUACAGCUCAGUCGUCUCAUGUUGAGGAUUAUACAACUUCUGAACUUCAAGAGUCAAACGGCCAUCGUCGAAACACCCAGAUGCUCGGUGAGCUUCUCCGAGUUGAAAUUGACGGUUCAACUAUCGAAAUUAAAGAUCAAAUUCACCUAUAUACGACUAACAAGCUGAUAUCACACCCCCUGGUAUCUCCUGUUCUCCAACCGUCACUGGGAGGCCUGCCGCCGCUACUUGUUAUAUCUGGUGGAGGAGAACUCCUUCGAGACGAACAGAUAUAUCUUGCACAUAAGGCAGCGAAUCCAGAAGCAUACCCCCCCAAUGACGACAUCCUCGCCAAGUAUGACCCAGACCGCAAAAUACUGUCCCAGCACAAACCUACUUAUGUACAACUUCAGGUCUGGAAUAACAUUUGCCACGUUGCACCGACCCUGAGUUUCACCCGGCCAGCAAAAUAUAUGUAUAGAUCAGUUGCCCAGUUUUCCGCCUGGGCGCUGUCAAGAGCACAGGAGUCGAGUAUUGAUAUACCAGACUCAUCCCCUGCCUCAUCUGGUGACUUAUUAUCAAACGCCGAGGAAAAGAAAACUUCAACUAAACGAACUGCUGAACCAGAGCUAGCUAAACAUGCAACAAUUGGGAGAGCUGGUGACCCAAUACCGCUCUUUCAAAACCAUAUGAUCCGCCAAUUGAUUGAUUCGGAGGGCCAUUUGCUCCCACUUCCUGACGAACAUGACCUUCCCGCUCUCCAAGUCCCGCGAAACCACAUCGGGGUACCAAAACCCAUACCGGUUCGCCGCUGGCUUGCCGCCAAAGAAGAAUGGGAUUCCAAAUUCAUCAAAGAAAAGCGUAGAUUACAAAAAGAGCGACUGAAACGGAUUCCUUUGGGGAUUGAUGAUAUAGCGCCUGGAGAUCAUCCUCCGCCUAGUUCACGAGCUGCACGACGGGGGGUUGUUGUUAGUGAAGUACGGCAACCAACGAAGAAAAGUGUCAUGCUCUCGUUCUGGAACAGAUUAGGUGCAAUUCACGAUGCCAAAGUUAUGCAAAAGGAAAAGAAGGAUAAUAUUGAAAAUAAGUUUCCGACUUUGUGGCGAGGGGGCGUUCAAGGUGAACAGCGAGCUGCGGCCAAUGUCUCACUGCCAAGUGGACAAAGCAAAACUCAGGUUGUUACAGAUAUUGGUCAAUCCAAUGAGUCGCAGCGGGAUUUUACUACGAAGCCUAGUAGGGCGAUUCCCGAAGCAUCUGUACCGCAGAUUUGGAGAUCACCUAGCAGUGAAGAGCUUGGGAGAACACGCUCUCCACGUCGAAACAGCGAAUCCCAGGGGGUUGUUAGUGGUAGAGGCCGGGGCCAGAAAGAUGAAUCACGUGUUGACUCACUACUCGAUGAAGCAAGUAUACGAACAAUUCGACACUCGAAGGGAAUAAUCAGUCCUCCACCGGUUUCAGCUGUCCCUCCUUCCGACUACGAAUCUGUCCUACAGCCUGGGCCAUAUAGCGGCGACGACAAGACAACCGUUGGUGGACCAACACAGAAGAAUGAAGGUACCACUGGAGAGUCCGAUGCAGUCGCUCAAGAUAUACCAGGCGGAAUGCGCAAGGACAAGGUAAAGCGGACAGUAGAUACCAAGGCUUCCAAGGGGCGAAAGAUGAAGUAUAAUGUGCAUGAGAAACUACAGAACUUCAUGGCUCCAGAAGACCGCGGCUCAUGGUCCAAUCGAGCCAGAGACGAAUUUUUUGCUUCAUUGUUGGGUCGAAGCGUGAAUAAUGUGCUAGGCGAGGAUGAAGACACUGAUAAUGAUGAAAAGGUUGGGUUCGAACAAUGGUAUAUAGAACGACGAAUGCAUAUACAAUCAUUAUAA